AUGGACACGCUCAAAACAGUUUGGAAGGCGUUUCCAGGAAGCGAUUUGUUACAUGUUCCUGUAAUGGCGGACCAGGCAGAUAGCGAAACCAUUGGCUUCAACGACAACAGAAUGGCGCAGCAGGCGGCCCGGUUCCGCACCCCCACUCCUCCUGCUGCUGCUGCCCCUGCUCCAACCCCUGUGUUACGUGGUCCGCCUCCUCUGCUGAGACCUCCGCCUCCUUUUGCAUUGAUGAGAGGCCCUCCACCACGUACCCCUUUUUCCAGACCUCCCUUUGAGCCAAACAUGGCCCUACCUCCACCAGGGGGCAUGCCACCUCCUAUUAACCCUCAACACAUACAGCAGCAGAGGCCGCCCUUUCUUCCUCCAAUGGGGAAUAUGCCCCCUCCGCCUGGAAUGGUUUUUCCUCCUGGGAUGCCACCCGGGCCUUCCACUGGGACCCCUGCACUCAACCCAAAUGAGGAGAUUUGGGUUGAAAACAAAACACCAGAGGGAAAGGCUUACUUCUAUAACGCCAGGACCAGAGAGUCGUCUUGGACCAAACCAGAUGGCGUGAAGAUCAUUCAACAGUCUGAACUGAACCCGCUCCUGGCUGGAGGAGGGGGAGGCGCGGGUGGGACCCCAGGGACCAAUGCGAGUCCAAAUGGGCCAAACGGAUCCUCGGCGAGCUCUCCAAGCCCCACCUCCACACAGACCUCGCUCUCCUCCACCACAAUGAGCUCCAGCAGCGACACUACCACCACCUCCUCGCCAUCAGCGGCCAUCGCAGCCCCCGUUGUCACGGACAUGCCGCCUGUUGCUCCAGUCACCUCCACCGUUGCCUUGUCUCCGGUCACCGUGGUUACAGUCUCCACGAUGCCGUCUCCUGUCUCCGCCGUGCAGUCGAUGCCGCUGCUGCCGUCACCGCUGCAGCACACUGUGGCUCAGACAACCAUCUCUGCUGCCAUCCCCACUUUCCCCCCGGUCAUGGUGCCCCCGUUCAGAGUGCCCCUGCCCAGCAUGCACAUCCCCCUGCCAGGCAUGAUCCCUGGGAUGGCUCCUCCGCUGGUGUCCAUGAUGCACCCUCAGCUUGCGCUCUCUGCUGGCCCUGCUGGUCUCGCCGGGGCACUCCACCUCCCCGAAUGGACAGAAUACAAAACUGCGGACGGCAAAACAUACUACCACAACAACAGGACGCUGGAGUCGACCUGGGAGAAACCUCAUGCGGUUCUAGAGAAAGAAAAAGAGGCUGAAAAACUAGCGAUGCGUUUGGCUCAGGAGGAGGCGGAGGCGAUGGAAAUGGAGGACGAGGAGCACAAGCUGGAGAAUGCACUGCUGAUGAAAGAGGCUAAAGAGGAGGAGAUGACCGAGGAGGAAAAGGCAGCUCAGAAAGCCCGACCCGUGGCCACAAACCCCAUCCCUGGAACGCCGUGGUGUGUGGUGUGGACCGGGGACGACCGCGUUUUCUUCUACAACCCAACAACGCGCCUCUCCAUGUGGGACCGGCCCGACGAGCUGAUCGGCCGCAUGGACGUGGACAAACACAUACAAGAGCCACCGCACAAGAAGGGCCAGAACGACAGCAAAAAGAGUAUCAUUAAAGGCGAUUUGGAUCUUGGUCUUGCAGCUGAUGGUCUGGACGACGAGCCGAGCAAAGCCAAGAAGAGGAAGAAGGACGACUCCAAAGACGGAGAAACCGAAAAGGACGCGGCGAUGGAGGCGGAGCUGAAGGCCGCCAGAGAACGAGCGGUGGUGCCCCUGGAGGCUCGGAUGACUCAGUUCAAAGACAUGCUGCUGGAGAGAAGCGUUUCAGCGUUUUCCACUUGGGAAAAAGAGCUCCAUAAGAUUGUAUUUGACCCGCGCUACCUUCUGCUCAACCCGAAAGAAAGAAAACAGGUUUUCGACUCUUAUGUGAAGACACGCGCUGAGGAGGAGAGGAAGGAGAAGAAAAACAAGCUGAUGCAGGCCAAAGAUGAAUUUAGGAAGAUGAUGGAGGAGUCAAAGCUCACGGCAAGGACAACAUUUAGUGAGUUUGGCUUGAAGCACGGCCGAGACUCACGGUUUAAGGCCAUUGAAAAGAUGAAGGAUCGAGAGACCAUUUUUGUAGAGUUUAUGACUGCGAUGAGGAAGAAGGAGAAGGAAGACUCCAAAAACAAAGGAGAAAAGGUCAAACUCGACUUCUUCGACCUCCUGAGCGAGCACCACGUGGAGGGAAACCAAAGAUGGAGUAAAGUGAAGGAAAAAAUGGAGACCGACCCUCGAUAUAAAGCUGUGGAUAGUUCUGCAUUAAGAGAAGAACUGUUCAAACAAUAUGGAGAGAAGCAGGCAAAGAAUCUAGACAUCGACAAGGAGCGAGAGCUGGAGCGACAGGCCCGGAUCGAGGCCAGUCUGCGGGAGCGCGAGAGGGAAGUGCAGAAAGCCCGAUCCGAACAGACCAAAGAGAUCGACCGUGAGCGCGAGCAGCACAAGAAGGAGGAGGCCAUCCAGAACUUCAAAGCCCUCAUGUCUGAUAUGGUGCGUUCUUCUGAUGCCACGUGGUCGGACACGCGGCGUAACCUGCGGAAGGACCACCGCUGGGAGUGUGCGUCGCUGCUGGAGCGAGAGGAGAAGGAGAAACUCUUCAACGAACACGUGGAGGCUCUGGCCAAGAAGAAGAAGACACAGUUCAGACAACUGCUGGACGAGACCAAUAUGAUCACGCUGUCGACCACAUGGAAGGAGGUGAAGAAGGUGAUCAAGGAGGACCCUCGCUAUAUCAAGUUUUCAUCCAGCGACAGAAAAAGGCAGCGAGAAUUUGAGGAGUACAUCAAAGACAAGUACAUUACCGCCAAAGCUGACUUCAGGACGCUUUUAAAGGAGACAAAAUUCAUCACUUACAGAUCGAGGCGGCUGAUCCAGGAGUCCGAGCAGCACCUCAAGGACGUGGAGAAGAUCCUUCAAAACGACAAGCGCUACCACGUGCUGGAGUGUGUCCCGGACGAGCGCCGCAAGCUAAUCAUGUUUUACAUCGAGGACCUGGACCGACGCGGGCCCCCUCCUCCCCCCACGGCCUCGGAGCCGACCAGGCGCCCCACCAAGUGA